AAUGAAAUUCUUGCACUCUGCUAUAAAUGAAGCGCUGGAGGUUUGCUCCAUCAGAACACCAGGAGACCUGAGAGUUUGCUUCACACUAAGGAAAUUUCUACAUUUUUCAAAAAUGAUCAGCAGGAUUUUCAUCGCUUGCCUGUUUCUCGGGAUGUACAGUACGGGCUCCUCGCUAAGUUGCAAAUGGAUUGUAAAACAUCCAGGCAACGAAAUGAGUCAAUUCAGUCUGUACAACGAAAUAGCUUUAGGUCGACUUCAUAUGAUGAUUACUAACACCACUAAGGAUGCUGAAAUUGAGCACAACGUAGCUUUCCCUAAUCGACUGUAUCGCCAGACGUCCAAAGCAACAGCUGAGGAUAAACUGGCUUUCACAGUUCAGAUUCUGAAGGAGCUGUCAGCCCUGUUUGAGAAGAAUCGCAGCUCUGCACCAUGGGAGGAGAACACAGUGGAGAACUUUCUCAAUAUUGUGAACAAACAGACUGAAGAGCUUCACUCCUGUAUUGGAAGCCACAGCAAUACGACACAGAAGGGGCAACAGCUGUCUUUCAGGAGAGAAAAGUAUUUCAAGAGACUCUUAAAUGAAAUCCUAAAGGAAAAUGGUUACAGUGCUGAAGCCUGGGAGAAGAUCAGGAACAUAACACAAGCCCAUCUGAGACAAUGUGAAUUCCUGGUUGAAACUCUGGAAACUGCCCACUAAAACUUGUCUGUCGGAUAAAUUUUUAAAAAUGUAUUUGUAUUUUUUAAUUGGUUUAAUUUAUUUACUCUAUUCAUAAUAUUUACACUAUUAUUUAUUUUUAAUAUUUGUGUAUAUUUAUUUAUUUAUUGAUUUCUGAAACA